UAAAUGUGGGCGAGGAAGAAUUCUGGUUUGGUCCCAGUCCCAAAUCCCUCAAAAAGAAGAGAAAAUAAUGCAGAAAAACAACAACCAAAGCCAGGUGGCGGAGAGCCGAUGGCCCCUGAGGCUGGUGGUGAUGGGGCUGAUCGGAGGCGCAUCGCUGGUGUUCCUUCUCCUCGGUAAGAACUCGUCGGCCCCGUUCCUGUGCGGCGCGUGGGGGUCACGCGUCUCCGGGCCGGCCACCAGCCUCCAGUUAGAGGCGAUCCUCCACUACGCGACGUCGACGGUGGUGCCGCAGCAGUCCCGGGGCGAGAUUUCAGUCACGUUCAACGUCCUCCGGGCGUCGGGGCCCGCCGACUUCCUCGUCUUCGGACUCGGGCGCGAUUCACUCAUGUGGGCCUCCCUCAAUCCACGUGGCAGGACGCUAUUCCUGGAGGAGGAUCCCAAGUGGGUCCAAACCGUCCUCAAAGACGCCCCUGCCCUCCGCGCCCACACCGUCCGCUACCGCAACCAACUCUCCCAAGCCGACGACUUGAUGCACCAUUUCCGCUCCGAGCCUCAUUGCUCCCCGAAUAAAUCUUUCCUACGUGGCAACCAUAAAUGCAGAUUAGCGCUCAACAUGCUCGCCAACGAGGUGUACGACACGGAGUGGGACCUUAUAAUGAUCGACGCGCCGCGGGGGUACUUCCCGGAGGCGCCGGGGAGGAUGGCGGCGAUAUACUCGGCGGCGGUGAUGGCCAGGAACCGGAAGAAACCGGGCGUCACGCACGUGUUCCUACACGACGUGGAUCGGAGGGUGGAGAAGAUGUACGCGGAGGCGUUCCUGUGUAAGAAGAAUCGGGUCAAGGCGGAGGGGAGGCUGUGGCAUUUCGAGAUACCGCCCGCCGCUAACAUCAACUCCGCCUUUUGCUAGGCUGCGCCAACCCAGAUUUUUAUUUCAUUUUUACUAUUGUCUCCUUUUAUUUUUACUAUGGUGUCAAAUCAUGGGUAGCUUAGUUCUACUAGUAUAAACAAUUAUAAACAUGCAAUAAAUACAUUACUUUUUUAA